AUGCAGAUCACCAUUGCUCUCUGUGUCCUAAUGGGCACAUUCCUGUCUCUGACUGAGGGAGAAGUGGUGACUAAUUUCCAAGACAUUCCUAAAUGUAUGGAAUAUUUCUACAGAGGAAAAGUGCCGGAGUGGGGUGCUUCUACGCCUGGCGUUGCUCGUCUGUGUCAGCGCUUCGAGAACCAGUACUACUUCGCCACACUGUAUGACACAAGACACCGCAUUGCUGUCUACUCUGCUUAUGUGUUUGAGCCCAGCAAUGGAGGUGGCAGGGAGAAGCGCUGGUUUGUGGAGCCACAGCUGGUGGAUCCAUCCUGGGGGUCUGAGAUGAAAGAUGGUUACUGGCUUGGUAGGGACAACCCUGAUGUCUACUUGGGUGAUAAUCAAGCUCUGAAUGAGGACUACACACACUCUGGUUUUGACCGUGGACACCUGAACCCCAAUGGGCACCAUCCAGUCCCCAGCCGCAAUGCCACCUUCACCCUCACCAAUGUGGUGCCCCAGAACCCCACGCUAAACCAGAAUUCUUGGCGCAUCCAUGAGUCUGAGAUGACAGACCUGUUCCUGUCCAAGUGUCAUAAGGCCUACGUGCUGGUGGGCGCCAUCCCGUCUGCAAACAACUGGAUCAUCAAGAAUAACGUCAGGCGUGUCAAUAUCCCGGAUUACAUGUGGAACGCCUACUGCUGCACUGACCAGAAUGGUCGUCCUAUCCUCAGUGGUGCUGCCACCGCCCUGAACUCUGAGCUAAACGUAGUUGAGAAGCUCACCCUCGAUGAGAUGGUUGGGUUCUUGCAGCAAUACUCCAACACACCAGUUGGAGAGCUGUUCUAUAACCAGUGCAGGGCUUAA